AUAGAGAGAUAUACUUCUAAUGGAGAAUCUCAAGGUUUUUGUGUUUACUUUCUGCGCAGUAUUGUUGUUGCUUGUGUUCGAUGUUAAUGGCCAGCUGCAGGAACCUAGACCUCUACCUCAACCUCAACCUCAACGCCCCCUCUGCGUCUCUCAACUUGCUCUGGUGAACUAUGCUUGCGGAACUCUACUUCCAGCUCCACCAGCUACCUCCCUGCCCUCCGCUACUGCUGCCUUACCUGCAGAUGACGACAACAACCACGGGCAUAGGCACGGGCAUGGCCACAGACACAGGAACGGGCAUCGGCUCGGAGGCCGCCAUGGGCAUAACCACGGAGGAAUGCUAGAAGAAAAUUGUUGUCGGUGGCUGAGUGAUGUGGAUCCUGAAUGUGUGUGUCAACUGCUGGUUCGCUUGCCACCCUUCCUUUCAAAGCCUCAUCAUGAAUACACCGUCAAGAUCAAUGACUCUUGCAGUGUUUCUUACUCUUGUUAAGUGCUGAUUGGUUGUUGCCAUAUACAAUAUUUCUGGUGGAUUUUGUCAGAGAUUUGGUGACAGAUAUAUAUGGUUUCUCAUCAUAUAUACACUGCUAACCAAUCGUGAUCUUCGAUCAUGAACCUCUAAUUAGUUAUGGCAAUAUUUAUGAUCUAAGAUAUUUGUGUUUUCUUUCA